UUUUCGAGUUAUUGCCAAGUACGUAUUUGCUAGUGAGAAAAACUUAUUGUCGACAGAGAAAAUGCGUUCUGCGGCUUUGAUUCUGUCUUUGUCUGUAAUGGUAAUGGUGGUUAAUCCAUUUUCGGAGGCUGCCUACUAUCACGGGGAAAAAAAUAUUUUCACGGGUAUAUAUGACGAUGGAACAGAAAGACUAGUAAAUGGAACAUCCACUACCAUACAGAAUUAUCCACAUUGUGCCGCCAUGAAACUCUACGACAUGCUUUACCAAUGCGGCUGCAGCAUAAUAGCACCACAAUACGUCUUAACUGCCGCGCAUUGCACAUGGCCAAUGAUUAGGGACGGUGUUGUAGAAUAUAUAACCAUCCUUACUGGCACAACUAACCUCGAUGAAGGUGGACAGUCUCAUGAAGUAGAAAAAAUGUGGUACCACGAGAAAUAUAAUACUAACGUUACAGGAAGAACUAAUGAUGAUAUUGGAUUGAUAAAGCUGAAAAAGCCCUUAAAAUAUGAUUCAACAUGUCAGCCAAUUAAUCUUCCAAAACAUCCUGCGAAAGAGAAUGAGAAGGUUACGAUUGCUGCCUGGGGUAGAAAAGGCAAAGACGAAGAAGUGCAUAACCAUUUGGGAAAAAUGGAAGCAAAUGUCAUGUUACCAAAAGAAUGCCAGUCUCAUUACUCUGACAAUUCGGAGAAGAUUAGCAAGAACGAAAUCUGUACUUUAAUCGGGGCAGGAACUGGAUUGUGCAAAGGUGACAGCGGUAGUGGUCUGAUUCGAGACAACAAUCAGAUUAAAAAAAGAGAAAUUGUUGCUUUAGUAUCUGGUGGCAAACCGUGCGCCGUAGGUAAACCAGAUAUAUACACCAAUAUUUCACCGUACCUUCCUUGGAUCAAAGAAAAAAUGGCGGAAAAGUAAAAUAAUAUUAUUCCUUUUAUGAUGGAUAUACUUAAAA